GCCGUUGUGCUGUGCAACACAGACCUCAUUUGUGUAAAUUCAAAUGUAAUUGCCAGUUUGGAAAAGAAAAUUUGCCAUUGGUUAAGGGGAAAUACAAGUCCAAAGUGGAUCGGUUUGCAAAUAGUUAAAUCCAUCUGUAGAGCAGCAACACGACGAAAUUUACGUACACUAACGACUGUUAACUAUAAUAAAGUCUACGAACGCAGCGAAAAUCAGAAGCUAAAGAAGAGCUCAGAUUUUUUCCAUAAAUAUCAAAAUAUCAUGGACGCGCCACCAGGCGUAUUCCAGGGAUCUUUAGAUCGUUUCAAUGGGGUCACCAUAGACUCCAGCAAGGAAUAUGAAGAAAAUGAACAUUUUCCCGACAAAUUGGAGAAGUCAUUGGCCUAUUGGAAAGAACAAAAACGUCGAGCUAUUUGGUUUACUGUAAAAACCGAACAUUCCUCGUGGGUACCACACUUAACAAAGGUUGGUUUUGAAUUUCAUCAUGCAAAGCAGGGAUACGUUGUUCUUUACCGAUGGCUACCGAAUGAUGAAUAUGAAAAUAUUCCAGUUUAUUCUCACACAAUGCUAGGUGUUGGUGGCCUUGUCGUAAACGAGAACAACGAAGUUUUGGUGGUGUGUGAACGCUUCUCCUUAAUACCUAAUAGUUGGAAACUGCCGGGUGGUUAUGCGGAACCACAAGAAAACAUAGUGGAUGCUGCUAUACGAGAGGUUCGUGAAGAAACUGGUGUGGAGUGCGAAUUCAAUACUGUCAUAAGUAUACGUCAUGCUCAUGGUGGAAUUUUUGGUUGUUCUGACAUCUAUUGCGUAGUGGCUUUGUCCCCAAAGUCUUUGGAUUUAACACGCUGCGAGCGAGAAAUAGCCAAGCUACAGUGGAUGCCUAUCGAUGAGUACUUGCAGCACCCCAAUGUUCAUGAAACCAACAGACAUUUUUUGAGAUGUUAUAUGGAUUAUAAAAAACGUGGAAUACGUUUCACCUGUGAAAUUGGGAAGCAUCAAGUACUAAAAAAGGAAUAUUGCCUUUACUACAUGAAACCAAUCGAUGAAGACAAUGGCAGUUAAAAAUGUUUGCAAACGCCACCAACUGACACUUCCAAAGUUAAACCAUUUUUAGAAAUUAAGAAGCAGCAAAAAGUACCUUUUAAUAUGUACACUAGUAACAUGUAUAGCAAGAAUUAUGUAGGUAAAAUAAAUGUUGUUUUCUACUUAAAAAUAAAGAAUGAUGUACACCAUUCUACACAACUGUUAUAGAACUAAUUUUUAAAGCAAAAAUACUUAAAUACAAAACUGUAAAACUGUAAAAUAA